AUGAACAGAGGAAGAAGGAAUCUGAAACAAGCGGCUUCAGAACAAGAUUUCACGCUUGAGGAAUGUCAGAGCAUUGCUCAGGUCGUCUCUCUUAGAGGCUCCAAUCAAAUUGAGAUAAUGGAUGCAAAAGGAGAAAACUCAUUAGCAUUGUUUCCAGCCAAAUUUCGUGAGAGCAUGUGGAUCAGACGAGGAAGCUUUGUAGUGAUUGACCAUACAGGAAAGGAAAAGGCACAAGAAUUUGGUAGAAAAGUUACAUCUAUUGUCUGCAAAGUUCUAUUCUUUGAGCAAGUCCGUCUCCUCCAGAAGUCUCCGGAAUGGCCAGAAAUCUUCAGAGAUAUUAAGCCAAUUCCGGCUGAUGAAAGCUCUCAACUACCCAUCGUACAUCAAGAAAAUGACGGUGAAGUUGAUUCAAGUGAUGAUGAUGAUGGCAUGCCCCCGUUGGAAGCAAACACAAACAGAUUGAGACCAUUUGGUGUGAAUUGUGAUGCAGAAACAGAUUCAAACUCGGAUUCUGAUUCAUAG